AUCUAUUUUUUCAAACCGUUCCACCCACGCUGCGGGACGGGUCAAACGGAGCGUGUCAAACGCAUAAAAUACCACUGCGUGCCCACGCCUAGGUUCAAUUAUCUUCUUCAUUACAACUCUGCAAACCAAAAAAGUAGGCAAAGACAGAGAAAUUACAGAAUAUUCCCAGAGAAUAUAAUCUGACGAAGACAUUUUCUGGUCAAUUCGAAGAAUAUUUGUGUAGAGUUCAAGUUUCAAAGUUUUGUGCAAAUCUGCUGCGUACCGAACAUGGAUCAUGAUUUAGAUGAGAACGAGAGCCUAAGGGCUCGGGUUAAACAACUCGAACAUGAGCGUAAUGAACUGCAGAAAGAUAUUGAACAGUUGUGCAUGCAACAAGCUGGACCUAGCAUUCUUGGUGUGGCUACUCGAAUGCAUUUCCAGAGGACAGCUAGCUUGGAGCAGGAGAUAGAGAGCCUAAAAAUGAAGUUAGCUAAUUGCACAAGGGAGAAACACAAUCUUCAGGAGGAACUUACAGAAGCUUACCGGGUCAAAGCUCAGUUAGCAGAUUUACAUGCUGGAGAAGUAGCAAAGAAUUUGGAAGCAGAGAAGCAGGUUAGGUUUUUCCAGGGCUCGGUGGCAGCUGCUUUUUCUGAAAGGGAUAAAUCAGUUAUGGAGGCUGAGAAAGCUAAAGAGAAAGCUGAAAGGAUGUCAGAGAAACUUGGUGAAAUUGAGAUGCGGUUAGAAGAACUCAGCUCCGAUUGUCUUGUACAAAAGAGACUAAAUGACACAUUGCAAGCUGACGUGGCAAAACUUGAAGAACAGACUAAAGUCUUUGCAGGGGUGAUUGAGAAGUUCUAUGAUAUCCGUAAAGCUUCGCUCUGUGAGUCCCUUGAAGUGAAUUUGCAUGACAAGUGUGCAAGUUUAUUGGAUGAUCCUAAAGAAUCAUGGACUUUUAAUGAUCCUUCAACAUCAGAAUAUGUAGCUGCACUUGAAGGAGAGUUGGGGAAGCUUAAGAACACUCUGGAAAAUCUUAAAAGUAAACUACGAGUUGGCUUAGAAAUUGAGAAUCAUUUGAAGAAGAGGGUUCAUGCAUUGGAAAAGAAGAAUAUUGUUGCAGAUGGGAUGAUUGUAAAUGGAAUUGCAGAUCUGCGCCAUCAUCAUUCUGAAUUGAGGGACUACAUCAUUAACUUACUUAACGAGGAAGGACUAUACAUUAAAUCGAUUUUCAAAGAUCUGGAGGAAAGACUUAAACUUCGUCCAUCAGAAUUACAUAAUGUAGUACUAGUGCCACCACUGCAACAUGAUUUGAAGCCAGAUGAAUCUGAAUGCCGGGAUGUGCAUAUAACCACAGCUGUUGAUUCUUGCCAAGUAAUUAAGCAUGAGGACCCUAGUUUUUCCAAAAUCACGGCUGAAAGUAGAGCUGAUGCAUCUGAAGCCCUUGCGCAAGCAUUACAAGAAAAGCUUGAGGAACCUAUUUUCACCAAAAUCAGGCCUGAGAGCAGAGCUGAUGCAUCUGAAGCCUUUGCGCAAGCACUACAAGAGAAGGUUGGAGCUCUUUUACUUUUAUCACAGCAGGAAGAAAGAUAUUUACAUGAAGAAAAUAUCAAUGCAGCUCUCCAACGGAAAGUAGAUGAGCUUCAAAGGAAUGUCUUGCAGGUGACAAACGAAAAGGUUAGAAACCUUAUGGAGUUAGCACGACUACGACAGGAAUAUCAAUCGCUAAAAGACAAAAUGAGUGGUACAAGAGAUGGAGAAAUAACGGAGAAAAGUGGGAGAAUAGUUAUGAGCAAUGAGAAAGAGGGAAGACUAAAGAAUAUGUGGAAGAAGUCUUACAUAAAUCGUUGGAUUGACUCAAGUUCAAGAGAAGGUGGAAGUCACUCGAACACUGAAGCAGAUUAUGCUGGUAACAUUGAUUAUGCCAGAAUGAAAGUAGAAUACGCAGCUUUAAAAGAGAGCCUUGAAAGCAUGGGGCACUUGACUACUUCAAUCCGCAGGCUUCGUCUAGCGCUCUUGAAGGUAAAGGAGAUGAAUGAUACUGAAACAUCUGCGAGAAGUUGCGAAGUAGCGAUUUCCAACAUCCUUGUGGAGGCAACCCAUUUAAAGACUGCUCUUGGCAUCUCCAUACCAAUUAGCUGGUCGGCUGAAUCAGACAGUGAAUCAGUUACUGAUGGUGAAUCAAGCUGUGAUAAGACGGAUUCUGUUUCUGCUGCAGGAUUUGAAAUGGUGGAGCUUGUUAUUCUAGCAGCCGAGAUAAUGAAAGUACAACACAACUGAAACUCAAUUCUUUAGUUCCAUAUAGGCAUUGAGAGUUAUAUGUACAUAUGAUUUACAGAGAAACAUAUCAUAAAUUUCGAAUUUUUAUUAGUAGUCAGGUUGGUUUAAUAUUUGUGGAUUCAUGAGAAUAAUAAAUUUUUAUUGGGUUGUUCA